AUAACUCUCUCUUCUUCUUGUAGAGUGGGACAAUUGUAGAGAUGGGGUUGGUGGGUCACCCAGGAGAUGCAGAUGCAGAUGGAGAUGGCUUCUCUGACCUUUCCUCCGGUAAUAAGCACAAAUACAAGAAGAUGGAUUCGGAACUAACAGAGGAUGAUGACCUCUCACAUCACCACCAUCGUCAAAAGAGUGAGAGCCACAGUACCCAGAAAUACGUAAUCGCCUGUGCCACUUUCGCUUCUCUCAACACUGUACUUAUCGGCUACGAUUUGGGUGUCAUGAGUGGAGCACUCAUAUUUAUUUUGGAAGAUCUUAAGAUAACAGAACUGCAAGAAGGAGUUCUUGUUGGUUGUUUGAGUGUCAUCUCGUUAUUGGGUAGUUUAGCAGGUGGAAGGACCUCGGAUGCUAUUGGUAGGAAAUGGACAAUGGCUUUGGCAGCCAUUGUCUUCCAAACAGGUGUUGGUAUAAUGGCACUUGCUAAUUCUUUUAGAGUAUUGAUGGUUGGAAGACUUCUGACAGGGGUGGGGAUAGGAUUUGGAGCUAUGAUUGCUCCUGUUUACAUUGCUGAGAUAUCACCCACCAUUACUAGAGGAUUUCUUACCUCAUUCCCUGAGAUUUUCAUAAAUGUAGGAAUCCUUCUCGGCUACAUAUCUAACUAUGCAUUUUCGGGUCUUCCUGCACAUAUAAGUUGGAGAGUAAUGCUUGGUGUCGGAAUCAUUCCCUCAGUUUUUAUGGGAUUCGCUCUUUUGAUCAUCCCUGAGUCACCCAGGUGGUUGGUAAUGCAGAAGCGGGUUGAAGAAGCAAGAUCGGUGCUAAUGAAGACAAAUGAAAAUGAGAAGGAGGUGGAGGAGAGACUAUCAGAGAUACAACAAGCAGCCGGGACUUCUAAAUCAGAGAAUUACGAAAAGAAACCUGUAUGGCGUGAACUGUUGGCCCCUUCUCCGUCAAUUCGGCGAAUGCUGAUCACUGGGUUUGGAAUCCAAUGUUUCCAGCAACUUGUGGGAAUUGAUACAAUCCUGUAUUACUGCCCCACGAUCUUCAGAGAAUCUGGGAUUCAGGACAACAGCACACUUCUUGCUGUGAUUGUUCUUGUUGGAGUUAUCAAGACUGCAGUCAUCUUAGUGGCUACUUUUCUCAUUGACGAAAUGGGUAGGAAACCAUUAAUGUACAUCAGCACUGUAGGGAUGACCGCUUGUUUGUUCACUUUGGGCCUUUCUCUAUCUCUGCUAGAGCAUGGACAUGCUGCGGUCAUACUCACAAUCCUGUCAGUUUGUGGUUAUGUGUCUUUCUUCUCUGUUGGAAUGGGCCCAGUUUGCUGGGUAUUGACAUCUGAAAUUUUCCCAUUGAGGCUGCGUGCUCAAGCAGUUGCACUUGGGACCAUGGGGAAUAGAGUUAUAAGUGGCCUGAUUGCAAUGUCAUUCCUCUCUGUAUCUCGUGCCAUUACAGUGGGAGGAACAUUUUUCAUCUUUUCUCUGCUUUCCGCGUUCGCUAUUGCAUUUGUUUAUGCAUUUGUUCCUGAAACAAUGGGGAAAUCUCUAGAGCAGAUUGAGUUACUAUUUGAGGAUGAGGGAGCACUGAAAGGUUGUGAAGUGGAGCUUGGAGAUGUAGAGCAUCUUGUGCCAAAAGAAUGAUGUGUUUCGCAAGUUGGUUGGUUUGAUUGACAGAAGUCUUCUACCUCUGCAACUUGCUUGAAAUAGAAUAUGAAUCCUUUUAAUGCUCUAAGAGCCUUUCAUAUCUCCAAGGGGGAUCUUUGUCUGCCUUCUACUGGUGUAGUAUAUCUCCGGCAGAAAUGUUAUCACCUACAAGAGAUGCAGUGGCAACCAAGAUGGGGCAAUCAGAAGUGUUCCUGAACUUAUCACAACUUGAGGCGUAUGGCUCUUCCUCUUGGAUUGAUAUACCUCUUAGAGCUAUUAGUACUUGAGUUCUGAGUACUUAUUCUUUCCUUGGAAAAUUGAAAUCAUUGAUUAUUUGAUUUGGUCUU